AUGGUAACCAACAGCGGAAAGGACCCCGAGACGACCAAGAAAUACGCCUGGAUCUCACCAACACACCCUCUCCCGGAUUUCCAGCGAGAAUGGCUAGACUUGGCCGCCAAGCUCUUCAACACCGACACCUUGGACAUCCUUGUGACCUCCGAAGAGAAGAAGGAAAUUCUAGCGCUUAUCGCCCUCUCAAUCACAGCUUCCUCCUUCGGCAACCAGUGCAGAGCGCAGGCCCUUCACAGAACCGUCUACCAUGCGCGGGAGAUGGGUCAGGGCAAGCGGCCUUCCGCCAGAGUUGCCAUUAUUUCAGCCCUUCUCAUCUACAAGCUGGAGCCUCCGCCGUCUUGGCUGGAAUGGGAUACUAUGCGUCAACCACUAAGUGUUCUGCGAUAUGUUCGAGACUGUGCUGAUGGCUUCAAAGUUUACUCGUCGGAGGGUAUGUUGAAGGCAGCUUUAGCGCUUCAAUCGGCAGUACCAGCACAAGACAGUUCAGACAGCUUCUUCGUUAUCAACAACAAGCCUGCAUCGAAGGAGACCAGCACCAAAUCUUCCGAAGUCUCUCAGCUCACUUCGGAUCAUCCCUCUCUGCCGGCUUUGAGACCUUGGACGCGCUCCAUAACCAAGUUCAUAACUCCAUCCCCGCCAAGCAAGAAACGUAAGGCGGAAUCCAACUCCUCGCAAGAGAAGAAGGCUGCUCAGCAAAAGGAGAUGGCCAACACGAAGAAAAUCAAGUUGGUUGUUCCGAAGAAGAAAAGCCCCGAGGUCGGCGCGAAGACCUCGAUACGAGCUGCAAUUUCUACCUCCAAGUUUCCUCCCACUUGGCAGACCCAAGACGCUGAAGCUGCGAAGCGACAACAGCCGAUCGACAAUGUACUGCUGGUAAGGUACAUGAAGAACGCCCCCAUGCUUGACAGAAUUGCAGAUUACAACGACCAAUCCGUCCGUCGUGUUGCCCUCGCCAGCUUCAUUGAAGACUUGAAGAGCUCAGGCUGGGAUGACUUGGAGAAGUGUACCUUGCAGCUCAUCAAAGAUGGGGAAUUUGAGUCUCGAACCUUUCUGGCGGAGACGAUCAUGAAUGACGUUUAUCAGCGCAUCAAUGAUUCUGUUGAAGACGUCCCGCAGCUCGCGCGUCCGAUACAGCCCAAAGAGCCAACAGAGCCCACACAGCAACUCAUGGAACGGCCCAUGGAAGCCAAGCAGCUAGCACACUCCAGUCUAGAGGCAGAUCCUACUGAUACGCCGACAAAGAAGAGGAGUCGGCCCAGGUCUCAGAUGGCCAAGCAAUCCGCCCAGACCAAGCAGCCCAAGAACACGCUGAGCCUGCAUAUCUCGCCGACAAAGCAAAGAAGUCAGCCUUUUAGAUUCUCUCCCAGCAGUCGCAUGUCUGAUGACGUGUUCAACGAAAAUUCUCCUAUACUCGAUGCGCCGCCUCCGGCCUCUGUUCUGCAGCAUCCAAAUUUGGCUUCCCCGCCUCGCUUCAACAUUCGCGAAAUAUUGUCCAAGCGACUUAAGUCGAAGGAUGCUUAA